AUGACUUUCCAGGGCUUUGAUGAUAGUAUAUUGUUUGGCAUAAAUUGGCCUGGAUCAAGUGAUGUUUUAGAAAAUGUAGCUGCCGAAGCUAACAAACCUCAAGUUGAGAAUGUUAUGAAAGUAAAAACAAGUGACAAUGAAAAAUAUGAAUGUCAUUUACCAGAGCUUGAAUCAAAGCAGACAGAUAAUACAGCAGAGUAUGUCGGCCCAUCCCCAAUAAGUCUGUUGAACCCAUUGUUUUCUCAAAAAAUUUGUUCAUAUAGAUUAGAAAGUUAUUGGAGUUAUGAAGUAUGCCAUGGAAGAUAUAUCAGGCAGUACCAUGAGGAAAGGGAAGGUAAACAUACAAAAUUGCAAGAGUUUUACCUUGGCCUAUGGAGCGUGGACAGCCAAGCCAGGCUUUCUGAAGAGCUUAAGUCUGCCCAAGAGACUAAAGUACUGCCCAAAACAAUUAAGUUUGAAGGAGUUGCCCUACCUACUGUUGAAAUGGUGAUGGAUGGAGGUAGUAUAUGUGAUUUAAACAAUAAACCACGGCUCACGAGAGUUUACUAUGUUUGCUAUAGUCAUGGCAAACAUGAGGUGUACUCUUUCAAGGAGACUGCUACCUGCGAAUAUGAGAUAAUUAUACUUUCACCGCUGCUUUGUGAGCAUCCGCAGUUCAAGCCAAAAGAUGUCAGUGAGAACAUGAUCAAUUGUUUCCCAGUUCAUGGCACUGGUAAAAAACCUGCAAGCUUAACCAAAAUGGAAUUUGAAGACUUAAAGUUCCGUUAUGACACAAUGAGGACACUGCAUAACCAUGAUGAAGACGUUAAGGAUAUAGUGGCUGUGUUGAAAGUUGAGAAAAUUGAUAAGGAUGGCGAGACCCAACUCAAGUUCGAGUUGCACCCUCUGAACGAAGAAGACGUGGGGGAUGCGAAAGCCACCCCCACCCCCGAUAAAGCGCCCUUGGUCAUCACGGAUGACUCGCCGGUCCGCGCGUUCCUCAACGGCGAGAACUGCCUCAACGGGGGCACAGGCUGGUGGAAAUAUGAGUUCUGCUACGGCAAGCACGUGCUGCAGUACCACGUGGACAGGAACGGCGAGAAGACCACACUGCUGCUGGGCAAAUUCAACGAGCAGGCCCACCUCGAGUGGAUCAAGGAGAACAGGGGCAAAGCGCCAAAGCCUCGGGAGGUGCGCACCUCCGUGUCCCACUUCUACUCGGGCGGGGACGAGUGCGACAAAACGCACAAGCCCCGCCAGACGGAAGUCAAGCUGAAGUGCCUGGAGAACUCCUCGAGCCCGGCGCAGGUCUCCUUGUACCUCCUCGAGCCCAGGACCUGCCACUACAUCCUCGGCGUGGAGUCGCCCCUGAUUUGCGACAUCCUACCGCUGGCCGACGCGAACGGUUUGAUCAAGACGACCGCCGACGCGUCCGCGCAGCCCGACGACCGCACCGAGACUGAGAAGGAAGCGGGCGCGGACGGGGAGAGGGUCAUCGAAAAGAUCGAGUUUAAGAUGGACGCG